AUGAGGUCUCCUUUCGCCAGAUCCCCGGCGGCGUCUCCAUUCCACUCCCCGGCGGCGUCCCCGCCCCGCCGCCACACCUUCUCCGAGACUCUAAUGGAGGAAAACAUCGAAAACGCGGAAGCGCUCAUCUCUAGAUGGGAUACCACCACCACCACCACCUCCCAGAACAAUUCCACCGAUACUCCUUCCCUCUUCUCCGACGACCACCGCCUCGAGGCCAAGAGAUACUUCACCGCCGUCACGGACCUUCAGGCGGCGAUGCAGUACUACGUGGCCAGCUAUCCCGGCUCCGAGAUGCUCGUUCGAGCUCAGAGCCUGAUGCAGAAGGCGAUGAAGAGGCUCGAGAAGGAGUUCUAUCUGAUUCUCAGGUCGAAUCGCGAGCAUCUGGAUGCCGAAUUGGUCUCCGUCCACCGCUCCUCCGUCGCCAGCAGAGCUUCUAGGUCGUCCACGGUUUCGGACGAAGACGAAUCCGACGGGGACGAGACGGCCACGGAGCCGUCGCAGUUUGGGGACGAUGUUCCCUCUGCCUCGUCGGUUGCUAUGGCGGAUUUGAACGCCAUCGCGCACUGUAUGAUUGGGGCCGGAUACACGAAGGAGUGCGUGAAGAUUUACAAAAUCAUCCGGAAAUCGAUUGUCGACGAAGGCCUGUACCGCCUCGGAGUCGACAGAUUCAGCUUGCUCCAGGUCCACAAGCUCGAUUGGGAGGCCGUGGACUCGAAAAUCAAGACGUGGCUGUACGCCGUGAAGGUCGCCGUCAAGACUCUGUUCUACGGGGAGCGGCUGCUCUGCGACCACGUCUUCUCCUCUUCUUCUCCCGCAAUCAGGGAGUCGUGCUUCGUGGAGGUCGUUCGAGAAGGCGCUCUGGACCUGUUUGGAUUCCCGGAAAAUUUCGCAAAGGGGAAGAAAACUCUCGAGAAAAUGUUCCGCACGCUGGACAUCUACGAGGCGAUUAGCGAUCUCUGGCCCGACAUCGAAUCGAUUUUCAGCUUCGAAUCGACCGCUGCGGUGAGGAAUCGAGCAAUCAACUCUCUAAUCAAGCUAGGCGAUGCCGUGAGGACGAUGUUGGCAGAUCUGGAAAACUCCAUUACCAAGGACGCCUCCAAGAUCUCGGUUCCCGGCGGCGGCGUACAUCCCCUCACUCGCUACGUGAUGAACUACAUCUCCUUCCUCAGCGACUACUCCGGGGCGCUCUCCGAUAUUGUCGCCGAUUUCCCGAUGGAGGUGCCGGCUUCCAUGCCGGAGGCUUACUUCAGCAGUCCCGGCCCCGACGACGGCGUUACCUCCCCGGUCUCCGUUCGAUUGGCUUGGCUGAUACUCAUCCUCCUCUGCAAACUUGACGGCAAGGCUCAAUUCUACAGAGACGUCCCUCUCUCUUACUUGUUCCUGGCCAACAACCUGCGCUACGUCGUGAACAAGGUCCGCACAUCGAGCCUGAAGUUCCACCUCGGCGACGAGUGGAUCGAGAAGCACGACGCGAAGGUGAGGCAGUACGCCGCCAACUACGAGCGCGUGGGGUGGGACAGAGUGAUGUCGUCGCUUCCGGCGAACGCCGCGGCGGCGAUGACGGUUCCCGAGGCGGCGGAGUGGUUCCGGAAAUUCAACUCGGCGUUCGAGGAGGCGUACAGGAAGCAGUCGUCGUGGGUGGUGCCGGACUCGAGGUUGAGAGACGAGAUCAAGAUCUCGGUGGCGAGGAAAAUCGGCCCGGCGUACCGGCGGUUCUACGAGCGGAAUCGGGCGGCGGUGUCCAGGCAAGCGGGGUCGCAUGGAAUUGUCAGAUAUGCCCCUGAUGAUUUGGAGAAUUACUGGUCCGAUUUGUUCUACGGGCCGUCGGGCGGGAGUUUUUCGUCGGGUUCUUCGUCCAGGUCAUCGGUUUCUUCGUCCGGCCAUGGCGGGUCGAGUCACUGA